CUUUAUUUUACUUUUCAUUUCUUGUCCACAAUGUCGGCUGCUGCCUCAGAUCGCACGCUCUUUGUUGGCGCUCGGAUUCCCGUUGAGAUUCGCAAGACGACACGGCUCAUUGAGAAGCUCGACAAGCCAACCUUCCGCAAGCUCGUCCAGCUUGCGUUGCUUGAGCUGCAGGGUCGCGCCGAGGACGAUUCACUGGUCCAUGGAUUGGCAACCCCGACUCUCUCCGAGGAGACGCUGGCCGUCGUGCUGACAGGCAUCACAACCAUCCUGCGAUGCGCCAUCCGCCAGCCGCGCACCUCGCUCAAGCAGGACACAUUUAAGGAAGACCUCAAGGAGCUCAAAUUCCCUCCAGAAUUCGUCGUCGAUCUCGCCACCAUCGUCUAUGGCCAAAGUCGCGAAGCACUCGAGCAGUCCAUCCAUGACUACAAGCCUCGGCACCCAACAGUUGACGGUCUCAAGUGGCGCACGGACGUGACCAUCUCGACGUCGUCGCUGUCGCGAGCACUCAAACCCACCAUCACCUUGCAGUUGCACUUGUCCGACAAGAGCAUCAAGACAGUUGAGCUGUCCACAGACAAGUUCCACGAGCUGCGAUACAACGUUGCAUACAUGUUGAAGGAGAUGGAGGCUGUGGAGUCCAAGAGCAUCCUCAAGAUUCAAGACUAGAGAUCAUUUGAAAAGAAAGACAGUAUUUUUUGUGUUUUGUGUAGAUUCCGCAGUUGUAUGUAUGUGAACAAAAAAAGUGAUUACCAGAAUAGAAGCCAAGACUUUAUGAG